CCUGUCUACGAAGGCCACACCUGUGCCCACGGAGCCUACAUCAGCGGGGAGAGAGAAGCCAAGGUCAUCCUGGCAAAGCUGGGCAAGACCAGUGUUUAAUAUCCGUGCCUUUGUAAUCGUGUAAUGAUUGAUGUAUGCUCAAAGACAUUUAAUUCUAUUUAAAGCAGCGGACGCGUGGAGCGGGGAGAUGUUGUGAAAGUGCCCGUUUAGGAAAAAAAGGUGUGACGUUUCCUUCCCGUACCAGAAGGGAUCGAAGGCUCCUUUUAGGGAGGACACGAGACAGCUCCAGGAGGACGACACAGAGCAUAGCAUAGCAUAGAAUAACACAGCGCUAAAGAACGCACGAUAAUAUACACAAUGACCAUGAUAGAUAUCAGGGAAAAAUACACGGCCGCCGGCCAAGGCCACAUCUUCAAGCAGUGGGACACACUGAGUAACACUCAACAGCAGAAGUUCCUCGCACAGCUUGCAAAGAUUGAAGAUCCGGCAGCUUUCAUGGACGAUGUCCAACAGGCUAUAAAAUACUCAUCAGCGGUCUCCGGCUCCAAAGAAUACACGCAGUUGCCGGAGACGUCGUUCAGCUCCACGAUUGGCUCCAGCAAAGACACGUUGAAGCGGUGGGAAACAGAGGGCCUGCAGUUGAUCAGAGAAGGGAAGGUUGGAAUCAUACUCAUGGCGGGCGGACAGGGUACCAGGCUCGGUUCAAGUUCGCCGAAAGGCUGCUAUGACGUCGGCUUGCCAUCACACAAAUCGCUGUUCCAGAUCCAGGUCGAGAGAAUCAGGCGUUUGGAGCAGUUAGCCUCCGACAGUAGUGACCGCAAGUUGCUCACGCUUUAUGUGAUGACUUCAGGCCCAACCAGGGAGACGACGGAGACCUUUUUCAAGAAACACGCCUACUUCGGUCUAGCUCCGGAGCAGGUUGUCUUUUUCAACCAAGGCACGCUCCCUGCAGUUGACCUUCAGGGGAAGAAGUUGUUGCUGAGUGAGGACGGUGCUUCUCUUGUCGAGAGCCCGGACGGGAACGGCGGGCUCUACACGGCGCUUGCCGACCACGGCGUGCUCGAGGACUUCAAGCGCAGAGGCAUCGAGCAUAUCCACAUGUACUGCAUCGACAACAUCUUGGUGAAGGUCGGCGACCCAGUUUUUAUUGGGUACGCCGCCUCGCAUGACUUUGACGUCGCCACCAAGGUUGUCCGCAAGAACAAGCCUUCCGAGAAGGUCGGACUCAUUGUCCUCGACAAGGACGCCAAUGUACCGUGCGUUAUCGAAUACAGCGAAAUCUCGCAGGAGCUGAGCGAGGCUCUUGAUGCAGCCAACCCAGACUUGCUCAAACUCAGAGCCGGCAACAUUGUCAACCACUACUACAAGGUCGACUUCCUCGAGCAGAAGGUGCCCGAAUGGAUCCGCUCGAGACGCUUCUUGCCAUACCACGUGGCCCGGAAGAAGAUCGCAUGCGCCGAUCCGGACACGGGGGCGCCUAUCAAGCCCUCUGAUAUCAACGGUAUCAAGCUCGAACAGUUCAUCUUUGACGUCUUCCCUAGUGUUGAGCUGAGCAAAUUCGGCUGUCUUGAGGUGGAGCGAGAGGACGAGUUCAGCCCGCUCAAGAACGCACCGGGCUCCCCUUCAGACACCCCAGAGUCAUGCAGAGCCAACUGUCUCAAGCGUGCCACCGCCUGGGUCGUUGCCAACGGCGGCAGUCUAGCAACCCCGGACACACUUGUAGAGGUCAGUCCACUAGCGAGCUAUGCCGGUGAGGGCCUCUCCGACGUCGUCCGCGGCGUCUCCUACAGCAACCUCGACAUCGUCGAGCCCUAGAAACGUCUCCCCGACGCUUUCCAACGCUUUCCAGCGUUUCCGUCCUCACAUCUCUAUAUAGCUGUAAGAAGAAGAACAUGAAUAUGAACAACAUUACAAAUAGUAGAC